UUUUCAUGACUCCUCGCCAGCUUCAGCCUCGCUCUCAGUGUGUCCUCACUGUCGGUCGCUGUCUGAAAUGUUUUCUGACAGCAAGUCGCGGAUUCCCUCUCGACUUGGACUGCUGGUGUGACUGUUUACCUCCUUAAAAAUGAUUCUUCAGCGACCAGUGUGGUUGUUGGUGUGUGUGUCGCUGUCGUCCGCGGUUAGGAUCUUAUCAUGGCCGCCUCUCCACUGCUCUCAACAGGGUUUGAUGUGUACAGUCAACAUCAGUAACUGUUUGGACGUUAAAUGGCGUGACAGGAAUGAGUACACUCCCAGCGGUCCAGAGGCGCUGCUGGUGUCUGUGGACACGAUGCGAGAUGAGACAGGAAACCUGCAUCCUGUACUAGUCGCUAACUGGAAGAUAAAGGAUGAGGGCAGCAUUGGUUACCUGACUGCCACUGAGUUACAUGUUCUGGUAAUAUCCACCAACCAGAACCUGUGUGUUCGAUAUUCUUUCAAAGAAAAACUCCCAAUGAGAAGUCCAUCAGGGGAAAAGUGGUCAUUCUCAGCUAACAUGGUAGUGGUGGACCCCGGUCAGAUGUACAAGGUCUCUGUUUUUAACAUUCCCAAACCAGAGUUGGGCCACAGCUGGUAUGAUGUCAGCAUGUCUGUUAGUGUUCCUGAUUGUCGAAAUCACACAAUGAAGAGGACCCAGUUCUGCAUAGAACGAGGAAGUCUGUGGCAGUCUAACAUUAGUCUGGCUGUCAGCAGCAGAUCGUCCCUGGUUGUGAGCUUCAGUCCUGACAGACUCUGUGAAGAGUAUAUAGUUAUUGUCAGCUGCGCCAGAAACCAACAUGUGGACCGUACAUAUAAGGCCAAUCAGACGACCCUGAAUGUAACUUUCAGCCUUGAUAAAUGGCCGAAAUCCUGCUGCCAGUUUGAUGCCGAGAUCAAACCUAUUUUCCCACAGUGUGGCCACGAUUGUGCUCGUCAAAAGAGAACUCUAAACAUUUGUGGAGCAAGUCCAACCCAUGCCCCCAUCGUCCCUCUGUACACAUUUGUAAUCCCGGGAGUGGUGUUUUUGUGUGUAAUGAUGGCACUUAUUAUGUGUGUCAUCUGCAGGAAGUCAGGUCAACCUGUUGCUGCAGCACCUGUGGGAGGUGAUGAACCAUGUCAGCAGCAGCAGCUUAAACAAGCUCCCAAAGUUCUGAUCAUCUACUCCCAGGACCACCACCUCUACAGGGACAUAGUGCUAAAACUUUGUGCCUUCCUUCAGACCAAGUGUGGCACUAAGGUGCUGGUGGACUUGCUAGACUCCACUUCAGUUGGGAUGGUGGGUCGCCUUCGAUGGCUUGAGUGGCAACGGCAACAGUUAAAAAACCCUUUGGACAAAAUCCUGGUGCUGUGCUCACGAGGCGUCCAGGCAAAAUGGAGGGCCAUGUGCGGUCAAGGUCGUGUGACAUUGAGGGAAGACAUUCUUUCCCCUACUGACGACAUGCUCACUCCCUUUCUCAACCUUUUCCUACCAGAUAUGCACCAGGCAGGCAUGCUGGGCAGGUACAUGGUGGCUUACUUUGAUGACAUCAGCAGUGAUCAGGAUGUGCCAUCAGUUUUUGACAUUGGUGUCAAAUACAAGUUGAUGAAGCAUUUUGAAGAGCUCUACUUCCGCAUCCUAGACAUUGAGAAGUAUCAGCCUGGUCAGGUCAACCACAUUGAGGGUAUUGGUGGAGAUGAAUAUUUCAAUUGUCCCUCAGGCAGAGCCCUGAGGAAUGCCAUCGAAACCUUCCAGGCCUACCAGUUGGAAAAUCCUGAUUGGUUUGACAGGGAGUGUGUGGACAGUGAGGAGGACAUCACAAUGGAGGCCAACCUGCUCAUUGAUCAGCUGCAGAUCCCUCCAGUCAUGGAGUGUGUACCUCUGAUCCAAGAUAGGCUUCCUGUCUACAUCCAUGAGGUAGAAAUCAAUAAAAACGACAACAGUAUUCAAGUCCUUACACCUGAACUGAACCCAGAGUGUGAGCUGUUUUCAGUGGCAGAAGUUUCACCAGUGGUAAACCCUGUGUGGAAACAUCAGUACUCGUCCAAGCUGGAUGAAGUGUUGACAGAUCAGAUGUAUCCUCACAGACCCAGUCAAGAAUCCGUCCAUAUAGUGGAGCCUGUUUUGAACAGGCUGCCACCAGCAAGACAGAGCUGGCUCUCCCUUAAGGAGGAACCAUUGGGUCAAAUUCCCUGUGAGGACAAUGCGAAGGAUUCCCUACAAGCUAUGAUUCAGCUCUCUGCUAAUUCAGACCAGAGAACCUCAGCCCUCCAGAAUUCCCUGGAGUCAAACCCUCCAAAAUCCUCAAGUGCCAGCAGGCAAAGUGAAUAUUUCACUCCAUCCGGAGUCAGUCAGUCCCAGCCCGUGGAGAUGGAGGAGUAUGAGGUUCUGGAGCCCAGUGAAAAGGGUCAGAGCAGUGGAUCUGAUCAAGGCUACAUCUCCAAAAUGUCCUCACAGCAGGAAUCGCCUUUGAAAGAAGAUCCACUUGUGGCUCUGAGAAGGCUGCAGGAGCAGCUGCUUCAGCGAAAUCUCUGUUAUUAUGACAUAGGUGCUGAAGGAAACUGAUGUUCAUGUUCUGAAGUCCCAGCAAUAAGUACUAAACCUUCACUGACUUCAACAAAUGAAGCUCUAGCAUGUCUAGCAGACAUGAAGACUACUCUUUCACAUGCUCAGACCUUAGAUUAUUUCUCAUACCGUUCUCUCAUGGACCACUCUCACUCAUGCAUGUCAUUAUCUGGGGCCGUCAAUUGUUAUCAUCUUCUCACAUCAGCCAGCCACAUCUUUCCAAAACACAACACACUUUCACUGUUAGCGCACUAUCUUGCUGCUGUGUUUUUAAAUAUGAUUGUCUCCUGCCUUUAGUGCAUUCAUGUUGCAGUUUGGCGUGUGCCUUCCACCUCCCCAUCAUGACCCAGUCUUCAUGGAUUCACAAUCUUCACAGUUUGAUCAGCCUGAGUCAUCAGCCACCACCACCAGUGUCUUGACUCCAUGGGCAGACACCCUUUGAUUAUGAAAUCCCCCGUAGAGUCGAAACACCAGACGUUCUGACUCACAGUGGAGUGUGGGGCUUAUAUGUUACAUAGCUGAUGUUUGUUGAAUAUAAUAACCUACAUAUUGUUAAUAUGUUAUUUGAUCAAAAUUCAACAUGAUCAUACCUUCGAAGAACAAGAAGUAGAUGCUGUGACAAAAUGUAUAUUUGGCAGUGCCAGUUUUUUUUAACGAGAUGCAAAUGUGUUGUAUUCACUGUAAAUACAUACUGUUUGAAUGGAUGUUGCACCUGGAUUAGCUAAGAUUGGGCCAAGUUGGAAUUCUUGGAUGAAAGAAGAAAAAACUGAUUAAUUGGCACUCUAGAGACUAUGUCCAGUAAUGAGAACUACAGCUGAACUCAGGCAUGAGGUUACAGGGCUGGAUUGCCAACCUGACAAAGCAGCAACUGCCAAAUGGCCCCAAAAGGUUGCAGACAGGUUGUAUCAAACAAGUCUUAUUAAAUUGUGCCUAGAAAAGUCACCAGCUGUUAUCAGUCAUAAUCACGCAGAAGAAUUUAAGAGUCUAUGUUAUGAAGAACUUGAAGAAGUUAAUCAUUUAAGUUACUUUAUGUAUAUUUUUGAGCAAACUGAUUUGGUCACAUUUUCAGAAGAUCUAUAAUAAAAUCUUUUUAUUUGAAGCACUUAAA